AUGGCGAUGGCGUGUCUGGUGGUCGCUGGCGGUGGCGGCUACGGUGCGCGCGGAGGCCGAAAGAUCGACGGCUCCUCCGGGGGCUUCGGAGUCGGUCUUGGCAGCGGGCACGGAGCGCACGGAGGGCACGGGGCGCACGGGCACGGAGCGCACGGAGGGCAUGGAGCGCACGGAGGGCACGAGGAGCACGGGCACGGAACACACGGAGGCCGCAGCAGCGGAGGCGGCAGCGUGGUCCGCGCCGUGCUCGUCGGCAAAGGAAUUCUCCCCAACAGUGCAAUCAAAAGUGGCCACGGUGGAGGCCAUGGCCAAGCCACCGCCUACAGCGCCGGUCCAGCACCUGGCCCCUUUGGCCCCGGACCUGCUGGAAGGGACGACUUUGGCUCUCCAGAAGUCACCGGCUUUGGCCCUGGCCCAGUUGAUAAUGCCAACUUUGGCCCGGUUCAAGCUGGUGGCGCCAGCUUUGGCCCUGGCCCAGUUGACGCUGGUAGCUUUGGCCCUGUUCAAGCUGUUGGUGCCAGUUUUGGACCUGGCCCAGUUGACGCUAGUAGCUUUGGCCCUGUUCAAGCAGGUGGCGCCAGCUUUGGCCCUGGUCCAGUUGACGCUGGUAGCUUUGGCCCUGUUCAAGCUGUUGGUGCCAGUUUUGGACCUGGCCCAGUUGAUACUGCUGUCUUUGGCCCUGGCCCAGUUGACAGUGGUACUUUUGGCCUUGAUACUGGUAGUUUUGGCCCCGUUCAAGAUAGUGGCGCCAGCUUUGGCCCCGUUCAAGUUGGUGGUGCCAGUUUUGGCCUUGGUCCGGUUGACACUGGUAGCUUUGGCCCUGUUCAAACUGGUGAUGCCGCUUUUGGUCCUGGCCCAGUUGAGAGUGCCGGCUUUGGCCCUGUCCAAGCUGGUGGUGCCAGCUUUGGCCCUGGCUCAAUCGGUAGCUCCAACUUCGGCUCUGGCCGAGCUGAUACUGCUGGCUUUGGCCCUGGCUCAGCUGCCACAGCUGGCUCUUCCGUUGCAAGCAACAACGUCGGUCUAGUUUCUUCCAGGACCGGAUCUGCUCAACCCAAAAGAGGCUACGGUUAUUAG